AUGACUAACGUUGUUACGUCCUCAGAUAGUUCGUAUACAGUCGUAGCAGAUAGGAAAUUGGGCAGAUGCCGAAAGUCAAAUGUUACGACAAGGCCACUACACGGCUGCUCAGUACUGCACCGAAACACCAACACGCUCAAUGGAUCAAUAAUGGCUCAAGCCUCAGCACAAGGCCACUAA